UUGAGGGGAUAGGGGGGAAAUAAUAGACACAUACAUACGCAGAGUGGGACAGAAAAUAGUAAGAAGUUUGAGGAAGGUGUGAAGAAAUGGGGAGUGUAAAAGCAGUGGCGAUCAUCUCCGGCGAUAACAACGUCGGUGGGUCCCUUCAGUUUGUUCAGGACUCCUCUGGGGCCACCCACGUGGAAGGGAAGAUAAGAGGACUAUCUCCAGGCCUUCAUGGCUUCCAUAUCCAUGCUCUUGGUGAUACUACCAAUGGUUGCAUCUCCACUGGCCCACAUUUUAAUCCACUUAAGAAAAACCAUGGUGCUCCUACUGAUGAUGAGCGCCAUGCUGGUGAUUUGGGGAAUGUCGUUGCUAAUCAAGAUGGGAUUGCUGAGGUCUCCAUCACAGAUACCCGGAUUCAGUUAAGUGGACAGUACUCUAUAUUGGGGAGGGCAGUCGUUGUGCAUGCUGAUCCUGAUGAUCUUGGUAGAGGUGGCCAUGAACUCAGCAAGACAACUGGGAAUGCAGGUGCAAGAGUUGGAUGCGAGCUGCUUACUUUUGAAUGUGCAUUCAGAGUACAGAAUCCAUUUGACUUUGGCAUUGGCCUUUAAAAUCCCAACAUCAUUAAUAUGGAUGCGUUAUAUUUGUGGCUUUCAUGAAUCGUCUGCAGACUGCAAAACUGUGUAAGAUCGUCUAACUGAUGCCAGUAGUGUAAUUUGGCCUCUCGAAUGGCGCUUCGUUUAGCCAUUUUAGCCAGGCAAAGGCAAUGAUUAGGAUCAGGCAAAAGAAAACUAAGCCUUCGUUAUCAAUCAAAGCAUUAUGAUCUAAAAAUCCAAAUUUGACUUAUCAACUGAUAUGAAUAUUAUAAAUUCUAAUCCAAAAUUUUAAUUAA